ACCACCUCUCUCUUCCCCGUCCUUCAUCCUCCACCACCCUUCACUCAGGGUCACAGUCAGUCUCGUCACUUCGAGACCAUCCCCUCCUCCACCUUGAGUGUCCGACUCUGCUUCACCCGCAGACUCGCGACACCCAGGCAUGCCGGAGCAGGAUGUAAUCUCCAACCAAGCUCCCACGGCGCUUGUCACGUCGCUGUGGACUCGCUCACUUAUUUCAGGCGCAUUAGCAGGUCUCACCGUCGAUGUGUCCUUGUUUCCUCUCGAUACGCUCAAGACACGGCUUCAAUCGAAUUUGACUGCUCAACAUGUCUCUCUCACGCCACGACACACCCUCCGAGGUACCCUUCGGAGCAUGUACGCCGGUCUCCCUUCGGCGAUGCUGGGAUCCAUGCCGUCAGCGGCGUCCUUCUUCCUUGUCUACGACGGAGUCAAGAGAUCCCUGAUAGCUCCUUCUACAUCCUCCUCGAGACAGACCUACGUCCAUAUGCUGGCUUCUUCGAUGGGAGAGAUAGCGGCAUGCGCCAUUCGUGUCCCGACUGAAGUGGUCAAGCAAAGAGCACAGGCUGGACUGUUUGGGGGUUCGUCCCUGCUUGCCUUGAAAGACAUACUUGCUCUGCAACGCACAGAUGGCGUCACCACCAUGGUUAAAGAACUCUAUCGAGGCGGCGGAGUUACCAUUAUGCGUGAGAUACCUUUUACAAUCAUUCAAUUCAGUCUGUGGGAAUCCUUUAAAACAUCCUAUUCUGAUCGUCAACACAAGACAUCAGGAAGACAACAAGGUCUGGUCACGGCGACAGAGAGCGCCCUGUUUGGCAGUGCCGCAGGUGCCGUCGCUGCGGGUCUGACUACGCCUCUUGACGUGCUUAAGACGAGGAUCAUGCUGGCGAGAAAACAGUCUGGGGAGGGCGCCCAACAACGGAGUGGAGCGUUCAAGGUCUUGCACCAGAUCUGGACCACCGAGGGCGUCACUGGCCUUUAUCGUGGCAUCGUUCCGCGAAUCGGCUGGAUCAGUACUGGUGGUGCAAUCUUCCUCGGAACAUAUCAGUAUGUGUCCAACCUUUUGGGCUCUGAGGAGCGUUGACUAUGUAUCGUAUCUAUCAAAGAGAUCGAAGUUUUGGAGAAUAGAACCACCGACCUGGGACGAAAGUCACGUCAUAACUGAGAUUGAUCCAUCUUCGUCUCAUUGUAU